GCAGAAAUGUAAUGAGCUGUUAGUGAUGAAACCUGUUGGAUUUCCGGAGGAGCAGCUGGAGUCUUUGGUCUUGCUAAAUAGCAAUGAUUCAAGUCUUACAGAUUGUAAAGGAUCUGGUGUCACCAUCAAGACAAAGAUCAGUCACUGGGAAGAAAGAUUCGGAGCAGGAUGCAGCACUUAAACUUGCCGAAGAACGGGCUGAAAUAGUUGCCAAAUAUGACCGAGGUCGUGAAGGUGCAGAAAUUGAACCUUGGGAAGAUGCUGAUUACCUUGUUUACAAAGUCACUGACAGAUUUGGCUUUUUACAUGAAGAGGAGCUUCCAUACCACAAUGCAGCAAUGGAAAAACAAAAGCACCUGGAAAUUGAAAGAAGUACGAAAUGGCUGAAAAUGCUGAAAAGCUGGGAAAAAUACAAGAAUACAGAAAAGUUUCAUAGGAGAAUUUACAAAGGAAUUCCACUUCAGCUCAGAGGUGAAGUCUGGUCUUUACUACUUGAGAUUCCUAAAAUGAAAGAAGAAACAAGAGAUCUUUACAAUAAACUAAAACAUCGAGCACGAGGUUGUUCACCUGAUAUAAGACAAAUUGAUCUUGAUGUCAAUCGCACAUAUAGGGACCAUAUUAUGUUUAGAGACAGAUAUGGUGUGAAGCAACAAUCCUUAUUCCAUGUACUAGCUGCAUAUUCUAUUUAUAAUACGGAAGUUGGAUACUGUCAGGGAAUGAGCCAGAUCACUGCUUUGCUCCUUAUGUAUAUGAAUGAAGAAGAUGCCUUCUGGGCCUUGGUAAAGCUACUUUCAGGCCCCAAGUAUGCCAUGCAUGGCUUUUUUGUCCAAGGUUUUCCCAAGCUUCUGAGGUUUCAGGACCACCAUGAAAAAAUACUGAAGAAAUUUCUAUCUAAACUUAAGCAACACUUGGAUUCUCAAGAAAUCUACACAAGUUUUUAUACAAUGAAGUGGUUCUUUCAGUGUUUCCUUGAUCGAACUCCCUUUACGCUAAACCUCAGGAUAUGGGAUAUUUACAUAUUUGAAGGAGAACGAGUUCUUACUGCCAUGUCUUACACAAUCCUGAAGCUACACAGAAAACAUCUAAUGAAACUGUCUAUGGAAGAGCUUGUGGAAUUUCUUCAGGAAACACUAGCCAAGGACUUUUUCUUUGAUGAUGAUUUUGUAAUAGAACAACUUCAGAAUUCUAUGUUAGAACUGAAACGGGCCAAAUUAGAUCUCCCUGAACCCGGCAAAGAAGAUGAAUAUCCAAAGAAACCUCUGGGGCACUUCCACCUGAACCUCAGUCUGUUGUUAAUCACUGAGCAAUGACAGAAGAAUGUUGGUGUAUCGAACUCCCAGACCAUCCAAAAAAACAGGAUGACACAACAACUCCUAAAAGACAAGAAAUUUCACACCCCAUCAUCAAAGUAUAAUCAUACAGGAGAAAAGAUUUCUUCUGUAAAGAGAAGUGACUCAAUAGAAAAAGAUAGUGGAAAGAUUAGGAAUGAGGUAGAUUCUCGAAGAAACAACCACCAAGAUACACAGAUAUUAUUCUAGCAAUAUAACAAUGCAGCAGCUAACCAAAAGUCUAAUGCUACUUCUAAUAUCCGGGAGGAUUUGUACCAAUAGUGGAAUAAACCUUCAGAUAUGCCAGCCAUUGAAAAAACAGCAAUAUAAGCAAUUGAAGGCAAAGGUAGAACAGUAAAUCCCACACUUGUAGGCACACCCCCAAGCCCUAUUGAGACACGGGCAUUAAAUGUAAGGCAGAAGGUUAAAUUUAGAUGGGGUGAAGCUAAGCGGGGGUCCAAUGCCUCCCAGUAUGACAAUGUACCAGGAACUUGAAAAUGAAAUGGGACUUCCAUUGAGGAAGUAUUAGAACGAGCUCAUUCUCAAAGUCCAAGUAAAGUAAUUUACCCAAAUAGCCCCAAAAAGUAUUCUGAGAGAAGUUCUAGUCCAUCAAAAGUAUCAAAAUAAUUUUCCCUUUAAUGUGCAACCAUACAAAUUCUCCGAGAUAUACACCCCAGGUCGAUGGCAUAGGUCAUAUGAAAAUGCCACCACCAUCCCUAUAGCAACCCCCCUGUUUACCAUGGAAAUUCUCCAAAACAUGUCUGUACUGCUAACACUAAUUUCAUACCUCCGCAUUAUAACCAUGGAACUCAAAUUAGCCCUUCUAGAAGACCCUGCUCAAAUCGUUCCAUAGACUUUUCUACAGAGAAAUCUUAUAGCCGCCCGGCCCCGCUUGGGCUGCCAUCUAAUCGGAUAGAAGUCCUACCUGUUGAUGUCAGUGCUGCAGGAUCAUAUUUAGGCAAUUCAAGUCCUCCUAUGGGUGGUACUAUCAUAAUUCCUCCAGUGGAUUAUUUACCAGAUAACAGAAAGUGGCCAGAAGUUACUUACACAUACAGGCCUGAGGCAUAUGACAAUCAUGAACCGAGAGCUAACAGAAGCCACUUUGGCAACUUACCAAAGCAUACAGUUUUUCAACAUGUAGCCAUUCAGGAUUAUAACCUUCCAGCUGUUUCAAUAGAUAGUCCGAUACGGUAUAGAACUUCACCAUCUUUGGAAGAUGUCAAUUCACCCCGCUAUCAAUAUUCCAUGGCACCACCUCCAGCGCACUACAGAAACCGUGAUGGACUCUCUAUACAUGAAUCAGUGUUGCUAUGAGAAUCUACAUAUGUUUACUUAACAGAGGAGAAUAGAAACCAUUUAGAUCUACAUUGCUAUGUUGUAAUUGCCAAAGCAGUAUUUUAUACAGUUAUGGACAACUUGUGCAAUUCUAUGUAUGUUAAUAAUAAGAAUAUAUCAAAACAUUUGCAAUCCCAGGUGGACGCUACUGAAGUUGAGCAUUUUAAGCUGUGUCAUCAUUGAACCUGUUUAAAAUAAUAGCAUAUAUAAACAUAGCAAUAGUAUGUAAAGAUGUACGCACAAUAUUAAAUUCAUUAGUACUUUUCAGUUUUCAAUUGCAUCAUUUUUUAUCUUUCAGAACAGAAUUCCACGUGCCCAGCUUUAUUUUUUAAAUAGCACUGAAAAACCAUAUGUAGAAUGAGUAUUUUUCUGGCUAUAUGGAGUGUAUGUAUCAUCUCUAAAUAGACUAUCUGUAGAUCUAUGCAUACACAUUUGAGCAGGAAUGUUCAGGAAAUUGAAAAGGAAUUAUUUUAUCAUCAAUAACUAUUAUUUAAUGGUAUGCUUACUGUCUCUAACUUGUUUUUUUAAGGCAAAGGCUCCCUUGGAUUUUUGCUUGCUUUAACUUCUUCAGCUGGGUCCUAAACUGACUAAAAUGAGGGUCCUGCAACUUCUCCAGAAUUCUAAUUUUUUUUCCCUCUUCUGGUUUAGUGUCAUCUAUCAUUCAGACCUGAAAAAAA